CAGUCCCCGACAAUCGCCGCCCUCCUGCCCGCCACUCUCCCCGGUCUUUUCGACGCCCAGUGCCUGUGCUAUCGUUGGACGAUUCGCACGUCGGUCCUUGCCGAUGCCGCCGGCCAUGGAGAGCGGUGCGGCGCUACGAGGCCUGUCCGGCGCAUGCGACGGCAGCUUCUCGCUCCGCAUUGACUUUCCUCCAUUGCGAACGCGACAUGCGCACUUUUUGCCAUACAGCCCGCCUGUGCACGGCAUUGCGGCUGCUCGGCGUAGCGGAGUUUUCCUGGGCCCCGAUUCGUCUUCGAUCGGCAAAGCGGCAGAUGUGAUCCCACGUGAGGCGGAUUUCGCACGCACGGACCUCUACCUCGCGCGAAUAUCGCCCCAGGGGAUGCUCGGAUGGUUUCGGAUGGUCAUGGGGAUAUCCGUUUAUAUGCACCUAGGAAUUCUCUACGUCAAUGCACGGCAAAUUACUGGCCUUGACCCUCGGGGCCACCGACACCAUCCUUUACCGGCCACCACGCCGCUGAGAUCAAUAACCGGUCUUCACCAUUUGUUUUUCUAGCAUCCUUGGGUACCCCGCACCCCGCACACCGAGGCGAAGCCGAUCACUUGCGCUGUUGUGCUUGGCUCGACGCUCUCGCGUGACGUCGUCCGAGCCUGAGAUACAUGCAAUCCGCGC